AUGGACUCGACCCUGCACCCAGCCUAUAAUUCCCAAGCACCUUUGGUCGGCUCCUCCUUCGCUCCCUCUGCCUCAAACCUCGCUCCUUCCACCAACCAGUCGACCAUGGCUGUACACGCCCAAUCUACCCUGGAGGUCGCUUCCAAUGCGACCAAGCAGGUGUUCUCGUCGCCCUCGCUACAACCCUCGACAUGUGCCCCGCAAACCUCCGCUCCUAUGCAACCCUUGUCGCAGACACUAAGCAACGCAUCCAACCCGGCCGCUUUGUCUAUUGCCCCCGCAGCAGGCACCUCCCAGGGACUUUUGCCCUUGAAUGCCGCUCCGGCUCCGGCGGAGAACUAUCCCCACCAGAUAAAUGGCCUCGGGGGUCCUACUGCUACGGCGCCCUUCUUGCAAGAUUUCAAUCUGGUCGCCGAGGCAGCCAAACGGGCCCAGAUGGGUAUUGUCAUGCGGGACCUUGAGAGCGUGACUCUAUAA